GUGUGUCAGUGUAAAUAGCACGGAACAAAAACAGAAGCGACAAAUAGAUAUGCGCCAAUAUGUUUGUGUAUAUGUUAAUGGAAUCAGCUCCAAUAUAAUGAUAGCGUUCCGUUGAAAUGUGCAACAGUGGUAAACUUGUUUUUCAAUACCAAAUUUAAAAUGUUUUAUUAUGUUUUCAAAUGAAAUAUGUAGAUCGUAGCACUCAAACAAAAAGAAAAACAGAAAACAAGAUAAAGUGAAGACAAUAACAAAUAUGCAUGAUUCGACGAAUACGGUAUUAGCUUAAUGCUUUCUUGGAACUGUUUAUUUUUAUACAUUUAAAAUGCGAAGAAAUUUAUUUAAAAAACGUUUCGAGUGACAGAGAAAUACUUAAGAUCAUUGUUAUUUAAACGUUUGCUGUAGCAGAUAUUUCGAAUGUUUUUCCAUUAAGAUUAUAUUUUUUCUGCGAACUGUCUUCUAUAAAAAUGAGUGAAUUAAUUUGCAACCCAUUGGCUUGGUUGAACAAAUAUUUGCAUAUUAAUUAAAUUUUCAGAUGUCUUCUCUACGCCCUUAUUUAUUGCAUUUGCACACUAUGUAUAAUCUCCAAUAUUUUGGCGCAAUCGCCAGGUGGUAUCAGCCCUCGGAUUAUAAUCGAAAUCGGUGAAAAUGUGAACAUCACAUGUCGCAUGAACUUAAAAGUGUUCGAUGGGAAAAAUAGUUCCUCAUUAUAUUUUACGACAGAUGAUCCUAACCAAGCGGCUGUAAACACAAAUAUAGCGAUCAUUAAUGAAACAACAAUUGUUUAUAUGCUACGCAAUGCGCGUGAACAAUUCACGAGCUACACGUGCAAAAGUGGUGAACAUGCAAUUGCCAGCACGGACGUCAUUGUGGGUACCAAGCCCACCGCGGUUAAAGAUUUUGGCUGUCAGGCAUUUGACUUCACCUACAUGACAUGCCAAUUUACAAUUCCACAGAAUAUGGUGCCGACCACAUAUAAUUUGAAAUAUAUAACGCAAAAUGCUGCAAGAACGGCUGAUAAUCGCACAAUAUAUUCACAGAAUUAUAUACUAAAUUGUGUAAAGUUGGUAAAAGAAGGCGACAGAGGCACCUGUAACUUUACCUUGGACGAUGGCAGUUAUAAGCCCAAUUUUGAGUUUUACAAUUUUCGCUUGACCAGCAACAAUACAUUGGGUGUGAUCACACAGAAUUUCACUAUAAAUCACAAAGAGAUUGUUAAACCCGCCAUUAGCAACUUUCGCGUGGAGGACAUGUCUACAAACAGCUGUGCGUUGAAAUGGGAAAUGGAGCGUUACUCUUCAUACAGGCUGAAUCGUUUGCAAAUGGAAGUGAGCUUGCAAUCGCCGCACUUUGAACGUACAAAGACGUACACCUGCCUGAGAUGCAACAAUCAUGAAGCAUUUAAUUUGCUCAUCGACGAGUUGCCCUAUCCCUACUAUGCAUACAAUAUAAGUUUGCGCAUAAAGAUGCGUAUGCCAGCGGCGACAUGGAGUGAUGCAUACAGCAAAGUUUUUCGCACACUGCCGAUUGCGCCCGAAGUGCCGCCCACAGUUGAUGUGAGCAGUUUCUACUUGAAUGCGACGCAUUUGCGUCUCUUUUGGUAUCCAAUGGCGGAAUAUCAUCGCAACGGCUCGGAUUUCUAUUAUAUUGUGAAACUGGCGAAGGAGCAAGGCGUGGCAGUUAAUCAACCAGCGCUACACAGGACAGUGCCCACAGUGGCUUUACCCUGGAACAGCGCACACAGUUAUGAUUUCAGCUUAUGGAGCAGCAAUGACAUGGGCGUGUCUUUGCGUAGUAGUCGCAUUUAUGUGCCUGCGCUACCGAAACAUUACGACAACAGAACGCCGUUGGGCAUACGAAAUGUCUAUCACUCUGCGAAUAGCACAUAUACCUUGUUUUGGAAUGCACCGGAAGAUCCACUGGGUAUUGAGAAUUAUACGGUCUUUUGGUGUCAACCGAAAAGUGUCGUCUCCAAUGAGUGUCAUAAUAUUAUCGGUUUUACGCAGCUAGAUAAGAGUGCGCGCAAUUUUACCAUACAACAAAGUCAACCGUUGGUCUUAGCGGUAGCCGCCAAUUACGCCGACUAUUACACGGGCAUGCAUUGGGCGAAGUGCACGGCGGAUGUGCUAAAUGAUCUCGAGAAAUUAGAACCGAAAAUGGUUUGGCGAAAUGCCACCACGAUAACGAUACGUUGGAGUUUUGUCAAUGUAUGCGCCUCGCUUAUCAAGGGCUAUACAAUUAGCUAUUGCCAAACGAAAUCCGCCAAGGAACUGAAGUGUUUGGGUAAACACACGCACCUAAAUGUGGACAAAAGCGAAAACAAAUAUGAUAUUGCGCAGCUACAACCAAAUUCGAGUUACAAAAUCGAAAUGUUUAUGUACUCCGACCUGCAGGCGGGUCCCAGAAGCGAUGAGCUGUUGUUGCAGACGGAAGAGGGCGCGCCCACGCCGCCAAUAAAUCUUACUUUUGCGCACAUAACCAGUCAAUCGGUGUCGCUCGCAUGGCAAUCGCCGGAAAAAGCCAAUGGCCAUAUACGCUACUACAUUAUAACUUAUAAUGGUGAAGCACAUAAGGUGUGGUGCAAAAACAUAGGCGGUCCACACUGUUUUGCUCGCAACAAGCGCGGGGAACGUUACGGCAUUGAACACUUAUCGUAUACGCUACAAAACUUAUCAAGUUUUACUAACUACACGAUUUGCAUAAAUGCUUUCACCGUUGCUGCAUCGAAGCCUAGCAAUUGUGUGAAUAUAACAACGCUUGUGGGCGUGCCCACCAGUCCCACAGCGACCAAAUUUGUAGAGACAAAGCAUGACGUUGUGUUGCACUGGCAAGAGCCCGAAGUGCCGUCGGGCCGUGUGGACUACUAUGAAGUGAUUGUCGAGACCAAAUUGAAUGACGAUUCAAUAGUGCGUUAUAUUUCGCGCAUAAACCGUGGCAUGCAAUGCACCAUCAGCAAACCAAAUUGCAAUAACGACAAUGCCAAGUAUGCGAUUAGCGUACGUAGCGUUAAUAUCGCCUACGCCAAUGAGACGGACACACAACUGGAGCAGUUUGGCAAACAGAACAACAACUUGGAUCAUUAUGUUAUAGCCGGUAGUUAUGAAUUGGCUUGUGCUGAGGCCACAUCUAUGCCAACAAGUGGUGCACAUACCGAAUACAGAUCGGUUGAGGCGAACGCCUUCAACUCCAUAUGCAUUGCAAUGGUUAAAACGGAUAGCAAACUAUGGAUUAUCAUAUUUUGCAUCAUAAUGGGCACUUCAUUCGUAUUCAUAUGUGGCCUGCUCGUCUAUAGAAGAUGCCACGCAAUGGCGUCGAUACACUGUAAGAUACCCGAUCCCUUGGCGGAUAUGGUGAACCGCGCCGAUGACAAACAACGUGAAUAUGAGAAGUCAAUACAAACAAAUAAUUAUGAAAGCGAAAAUCGCCGCUUACUCGCAAGCGUUUCAAACGACUCCAAUAGCGCAUACAGCGGCCGUCGCGCUUCGGACACAACAAAAACCAGUUAUUGUGAUAGCAACAUAACCGAUUAUCUGGUUAGCAAUGUGUCGGAUUAUUGUGUACAAGAUCCCUUGACUUUGAACAACACGCAAUCGCUGACGGGCGUGCCAGAAACAGGCUAUGUGACAAUGUCAACACUGUUAAAUGUUGCGGAGCAGUCGCGGGAAAGUAAUGUGUUGCCUAACACUGAAAUCGUUGACGGUUAUGUGCAACCAAGCGCAUUGGCAACAACAACAAAUGCCAGCGAAAAACCAUUCAUGAUCUCGUUUGCCGCCGACGAUGGUUACGUACACCCGACUAAUCGGCAGUCAUUCAAUGGUAUGAAUGUGAAUAAUGCAAAUUAUGUAACCGCUAUGAGGUAGAUCGCAUAAAAGUGUUGAACAUUUAGUGUUAUGGCGUUUCAAAAAAAAAAAAAAAAAAAAAUUUAAAGGAAGUACUACUUGCGGUGCGCACGCGGAUUUGUAAACUUUGUGCGUGGCGCCUAGAAGUGGUGUGUGUGUGUGAAUGCAGAGUGCACAAGUGACAGCAGAGGCAAGAAUAAAGUCACAUGUGCGCAUUAUUUAUAAAUUAUAGCACUGAAGUGUCCUUUUCUAACAACAAAUUGCAGUGAAGUGAAAAAGUGAGGUUAACUUUUUAAGCAAUUGAAAAGUUAUUGGUUUAUAUUAGCUUCAAAUUGCUUGCAGCAAGCUUAUUGCAAUGUAAAUUUCAUUUAUGAAAUUCUAACGUAACUAUAAAACAAACCAAAAGCAAAGAGAAAAACAAAGAAGAAAAAGAAAAGAAAAGAGAAGCAGUGGUACACAAAUCACAUUUUACUACAUCACAACGGUAUUAGUAAAUAUUUAUUAUAGCUUUAAAGGACAGUGAAUUGGCGUUUAUGCGUAAAUAACGAAAACCAGCAAAGA